UUUUCUUUCUUUCUUGCAUUAUAAUACUCCUCCUCUUUCCUUUCGGAAGGCGAUUGUAGGGGGAGGAGAGCGGGGAGGGGGGAAGAGAUAGAGAGGAGGGAGACAGGGAGAGACAAGGAUGGAAGCGCCUUGGAAGAGGUUUUCAACUCAGCUGGAAGAUAACGAUGUCUUCAUGCCCUAAAGCUCAUCCACCCUUCGAGACCAUCUGUAGUAGCUCGACGUGAAUCAAUUGGACCGCCAUGAUGAUGAUGAGGAAAGAGAGGCCAGCAUGGGAAUAGCGACGCAGCCCUCUCAGCUCACCUUCGCCUACCUCAGUCCACCAUCCAAGACCCUCGGGGGAACGCAAGCCGGGCCUAGUUCUCCGGCGUCUAUGUCCCAGGGGUUCCACCAAGGCAUCUUCAGCUUCCCCGAGGGCUUCGACCGCUCCGCGAACCGAGAACAGCAGCAGAACCACCACGUCGCGCAGCAAAGUAGGAGGGACAAGCUACGGGUGCAAGGCUUUGAUGCCGCCGGACACCCGCUAGUCCCGAUCGACGAGCACGGCGAGGAGGCAAGCAUAUACGGGUCCACCGCUGUCGGUGCCGGCAACAUGUUGUCGGAUAUGUUCAGUUUCCCGGCGGCCGGACUGACGGCGGUCGACCUGCACGCUAACCAGAUCUCAGGUGGCUUUCAUCUACCGCCGAGGCCAGCGGCCACGGCCGGAGGCUUCACCGGGGACUGGUACGGUCCAACCCGACAAGGCAACCAGCAGCAGCAUUCGGUGACAGCUUUGAACGCCGACUCUGCUGCCGCGAUGCAGCUUUUUCUCAUGAACCCUCUGUUGCAGCCGCCGCCGCCACAGCAGCAGCGGCCGAAUUCUCCGUCUCCGCCUCCACCAGCUCACCAACAAGCCUUCCAAUCCUUUGGAGACGCUCCCUUUGGCGGGAGAGUGGCAGAAGGCCAAGGACUCUCGUUGUCGCUCUCUUCAUCCCUGCAACAGUUGGAGAUGGCCAAAGCGGACGAGCUAAGGUUUAGAGAAGGGGUGCUGUACUUCAAUAACCAGCAGCAACAGCACUCCACGUUACAUUUGCAAGGCCAGGUUCCUGGACACGGUCAGCAAUCGCACAUGGGCUACGGCAGCAUGGGACUGGUGAACGUGUUGAGGAACUCCAAGUACGCAAAGCCGGGGCAGGAGCUCCUGGAGGAGUUCUGCAGCGUGGGGAAGGGACAGCUAAAAGGAAGUAAAGCAGGGAGGCACCGUGGUGGCUCAUCCAACCCUAACUGCAACCCUACCGGUGGCGGUGGCAGCGGAGGCGCUUCCAGUUCGGCCGCUGCAUCUUCAUCCUCCAAAGAUGUUCCUCCCUUGGCUCCUGCUGACAGAUUUGAGCACCAGAGAAAGAAGGCCAAGCUCAUCUCCAUGCUCGACGAGGUGGACAGAAGAUACAACCACUACUGCGACCAGAUGCAGAUGGUGGUGAACUCAUUCGACUCCGUCAUGGGCUUCGGAGCCGCAACGCCAUACACAUCGCUCGCUCAGAAGGCCAUGUCGCGGCAUUUCCGGUGCCUCAAGGAUGCAAUCGCUGCACAGCUGAAGCAAACAUGCGAGCUGCUGGGAGAGAAAGAAAGCGCCACCGGCUCCGGCAUCACCAAGGGGGACACCCCGAGGCUCCGGUUGCUCGACCAGACCUUGCGGCAGCAACGGGCCUUCAAUCAGAUGGGGAUGAUGGAGCAGGAAGCGUGGAGGCCGCAGCGUGGAUUACCGGACCGCUCGGUGCAUAUCUUGAGGGGAUGGCUGUUCGAGCACUUCCUUCACCCGUACCCCAGUGAUGCAGAUAAGCAUUUGUUGGCGAGGCAGACCGGUUUGUCUCGAAAUCAGGUCUCCAACUGGUUCAUUAAUGCAAGGGUGAGGCUAUGGAAACCCAUGGUGGAGGACAUGUACCUGCAAGAGUCCAAAGAGGAAGAAGUGGAAAGAGAGAGGAGUGAGUCGGACCAUCAAAGAGCACAGUCACCAACGCAGCAGCAGCAGCAAGGACAGCGGACGGAAACCAACGCGCCAUCCGAGAGCGACGCCUCUCCCAGCACAUCGUCCGUUAGCCGGCGUCAUCAUCGUCUCGCAGCCGCAUCAGAGAACCCACCGCCGGGCUUGGUCGCGGCCCACCAGCCGAGCGGCGGGGACGACGACAGCGUCCUCGUCGGUGUAAACGCAUUUGCCGCGCUGAACGCGGCGCAUGUUGGCGACAUGUAUCGGCACGGCACGGCCGGAGACGUGUCUCUCACGCUCGGCCUACGGCAUGCCGGUGGCAGCACGUCCGAGAAGAACCGGUUCUCACUGAGGAACUUUGGCGGCUGUUGAGACGAACAAAAACCUGCAAGAUGAACAGGAAACAGAAGCUUAGGGAAGAAGGUCUCAAUUAAACCACUGCAGCCUUCUUUGAUUGGGCAUUGCUGAGACAAAUAUAUAGCAAGAACAUAGAAAUGUAUGACACAGAAUGGAUUGCAGGUUCCUCUUUCGUUCUCUCUUUGCAUAACUUAGAACACAUAUCGAUGUUAAGUAGA